AAAUGGCUGAUUUGUACCCCAUGGAGUCGCUUUCGCUUCCUUGUGUUAUGGUAUAGAGAUCUGAAGACGGGAUGAGAACAGCGAGACCGACUGAAGGCUGGGUUUUUUUUCUGACAGCGACUUCGAGGAAGUGUCUGAGGAGGAACGCCCGUCAUUGACUUCCGGCACACACUUGUGGCAGAGCCGAAGACUGAACAGGAAGUGCAGAGAGACAGAGCGAGAGACAUAAAGACACUGAAGGAGAGAGAGUGCGUGCGUGUGUGUGUGGGAGGAAGUGUGUGUGUGUGUGUGUGUGUGUGUGUGUGUGGGGAGAGAGAUGACGGAGUUCUGGGUGUGCUUUAGCUGCUGCAUCGCCGAACAGCCUCAACCUAAGAGAAGGCGGCGGAUCGAUCGCUCGAUGAUUGGAGAGCCGACCAACUUUGUACACAUGACACACGUGGGAUCAGGAGACAUGGGGAUGGGCCUCUCAACGGUGAACACGGUGCAGGCACAGAUGAAAUCUAAAGGCGGGUAUGGGAAUGGCACACCGGGGAGCGUACAGUGAUCCACGUGGACGCCAGUGUGUGUGACCUGCUGAACUGAAACAGUGAGGACGAGGAACAACGCUGGAUUUAAACUCAUAUAAAUAUAUAUAUAUAUAUAGAAACUUACACACACACACACACUGGAUCAGCGAGUCAGAGCACUGGUCUAUGAGACGCGUGUAUAUCUGCAUUAUCGCACUGUUAGACGCUUUAAGCUUCCUGAGUGUAAACGCCCACGCUCGCCACGCCGACCAAUCAACAUCCGGCUCCCGUCAAACCAAGCUCCGCCCCCUACUCCUCAUCCUCAUCAUCCUCCCCUCCCCCGUGGACGCUUUAUUUAUUUAGUGAUUUGUCUCUCGGGUUUAAACAUGGUGGCUGGGCCACUACGCGUCACACGCGCGCGCGCACACACACACACACACUUUCACACACACAGUUUGAAUAAUGAGCGAGUGCGAGCAAUAGAUUAAACACAAAUGUAGACCUAAAUAAUGACCUUUUUCACGAUUUUAUAUCUUUCAUAAAAAAAAACAACUUAUGAGUAUAUAUGUAUGUAAUUUUUGUGGGAUGUGGAAUAUCCUUAUUUUUUUAAACCUUUUUAAACGUGCUGUGUUCAGAUAAACUUGACCUGUGCGACCUCACUGUAACGUCUUCCCACAGCCCCGCCCUCACCGCGCCGAACUGCGGGAGGACUUUUUUGUACAGAUGUUUUGAUGCCCAAAUAAAUGAUGCCAAGCAACA